AGAUUCGCGACCACUAAUGGAUUUACAGCGGAUGGAAAUAAAAUUAAUGGAAUUUAAAUCUCACACGCUAAGGAUCGGCGACGGACUAAAUCGAAGUAGUGCUUGCUUUGCGGACAAUUGUUAUGCGCAUAGUACCCUUGUUUAAAGAUAACCCCUAUCGGUGAACCCAACUGCAGUUGCAUAACUCGUUGCCAAAAAAGAGGGGCAAAAUCACAACACAUAAGCAAAGUUCUCUCCGGAAGUCCAAGAAAGUUCAAAGGACAGGCGAAAGUGGCCAGGAGAGUGCCGUCAGUGGGUUAAGAGCCCCUGCUCCUGGGGCCGCCAAAUCCUCCCCGCCCCGUCCACAACGUGCCUUAAGAAAAUAACAUCGUGUUUGCUUAUUACGAUAAAAAUAAAAGAAAAUCAAGUGCGCGUUAAUUGCCCCCAAGUUAUUAGAUAAACCACCUUACAUAAAGAAGGGCUUUCGGGAUCACGAACAGCGCGAAUAUGGCCCAAAACACGGCAGACACAUUCAUCCACCUAAUUGCCGGCGGCUCCGCUGGCACGGUUGGCGCCGUGGUCACAUGUCCCCUCGAGGUGGUGAAGACGCGCCUGCAGAGCUCCACGGCUUUUAUGACGCCGUCGCGUCUGGCGGAGAAUGCCGGAGGACCGGCGAAUGGUGGCCAAUCGGAGCUUUUGCGGCCGGAACAACGACGUAAGCUAAGCACAACGAUAUUACGUAACAGAUCACAGCCACAGGUGAUUGGGGGUGUGCGUAGGAUCAUGGCCAUCUCACACUGCGGCAUCUCAUCCACAACCCCCAAAACCAUGAGCAUCGUGCAGUGCCUGCGACAUAUUGUUCAGAACGAGGGAACCCGCGCUCUGUUCAAAGGUCUGGGUCCGAAUCUCGUGGGCGUGGCACCCUCCCGUGCCAUAUACUUCUGCACCUAUUCACAAACCAAAAACACGCUUAACAGUUUGGGCUUUGUUGAACGUGACUCGCCAUUGGUGCACAUAAUGAGUGCAGCGAGUGCAGGUUUUGUCUCCUCCACGGCCACGAAUCCCAUCUGGUUUGUGAAGACCCGGAUGCAGCUGGACUACAACUCCAAGGUGCAGAUGACCGUGAGGCAGUGCAUCGAGAGGGUCUAUGCCCAGGGAGGCGUGGCUGCCUUCUACAAGGGCAUCACGGCCAGUUAUUUUGGAAUCUGCGAGACCAUGAUUCACUUUGUCAUCUACGAGUUUAUCAAGUCCAAGUUGCUGGAGCAGCGAAAUCAGCGGCAUACGGACACAAAGGGAUCCCGAGACUUCCUGGAGUUCAUGAUGGCGGGGGCUGUUUCCAAAACGAUUGCCUCCUGCAUCGCCUAUCCCCAUGAAGUGGCUCGAACUCGUCUGCGGGAGGAGGGCAACAAGUACAACUCCUUCUGGCAGACCUUACACACAGUUUGGAAGGAGGAGGGCAGAGCAGGACUCUACAGAGGCUUGGCCACGCAGCUGGUGCGACAGAUCCCCAACACGGCGAUCAUGAUGGCCACCUACGAGGCAGUCGUCUACGUCCUCACCCGGCGCUUCAACAACAAAUCGAACGAGUUCUACGACUUUUAGACAGAGUAUCCCUUUCAAAGGACUAGUUAACAAUCGAGGAGGAGGAACCCUAUCUGUGCAUAUGUAGACGCGACUGCUGCAACCUAAUUGUAAUUGUAACCCAUUUUUUUAGACGAUCCAAACCAUCGAGCGCAAAUUCUUAGUUAACUAGCUUCUAAGUCACAUAUGAAACGAACUCGAUAGACUUAAGACGUUAGACGUUGAACGUUGGCCAAUAAUACAAACACGCACCAGGAUCGAAUGCACCAUCCAAAAACAGGAAAAAGGAACACUUAUGCCAUAGAAGGAUCUGAGUUUGCGAAAUGCGAAAGAAAAACGUUAUCAAAAUUUGAAAAGGCUGCUAUUUAGUUAAAGAUACAAUAUAUAUUGAGUGUAUAAAUGUGGUUGAUAUUUUGAUAUAGUGUAAAUAGGAUUCGAUUCGCUCAGAGUGUAUUGUAAAUAGAUAAAGAGUGAGUCGACUGGCGUUGCAAUAUGGCUCCCCUAGUUGUGUUAGUUGUAAGCACAAAAAUGUUGAAUCGGCCGCAGUUGCCAGUAGAAGCCGCUAUAUAUAUUAUAAAUAUAAAACCGACCGAUCCGAUACAUUGUAGUCGUAAUUUGUAAAAGUUUCCGUUAAGUUUCCUCAAAUGCGAUAUACUUUUUAGUUACCAUUACUCUAUCAUUACAACUAUGUUUAUGAAUAUUAUUAUUAUUGCUGUUUAUUUAGUCCAUUAGUUAGCUAUUUAGUGAGCUCCGCUGAGAGCCGUAGUGCCCCCCAAAAACGUAUUUCAUUGAUAACGAGCAAAGAACGAAGAAAACUACUGUGAAUAAUUGAUUGCAAUCUGAUUUAAUGGUGAAAUCAAUAAAUACAACACUUUGUUUAAAAAUAA